AGCCACACCCGACAGGGAAGUUCUCCAGCUGUAACUCCUCCUCCGCCACCCACUCAGCUUCCAAGAAGCGUUGGAGCUGCAAGGGGAACUGGAACUGGAGGAGGUGCAGUCACGCCUGGAGUUUCUGCUGGAGCUGGAGCUGGAGCUACAGGAGGACCCAUCAGACGCGGGGGAGGGAUAGGAAGAGGGAAAGCGCGCGUUAGAAGAGGAGCGCUCACUUCCCCCAGCAGUUCCUCCAUCAACCGCCCCUGCUCCUACCCCUAUCGUCGUUCCUCAACACCUCAUCUCCAGCCACCUCCACAACCACCUCUAGCGGACAAGCCGACCCUUCUCCUCACAAGGUGUACCGUAAAUAUAUACGGUCUCCUCACUCCAUCUGCUGCUAUCCCUGGCCAGUCCCGUGAGCAGUCCAGUGAGCAGUCCAAUCACCAGCACGAGGAAAACUGAGGAAAAGCUGCAGGGCAAAAGAUCCCUCAAACUCAAAUUCCCCUACCACUAGCUAUAUACCGCCAUUGUAUCACCUUCAUUAUUCACCAGUUUCACUUUUAACUGUGUCACCCCUUCUCUGAUUUGAACCUUCAGUGCAAAAAAAUCCCAGUCUCCUCAAACUCUGACUGCAACGACAAAAGCUCUAUAAACGUCGCAAUCGC